AGCUCUAUCUCAAGCAAACUUCGAACUUUUUACGCAUGAUACAGGCUUAGCCUCUUGGAUACCAGUAGCAUGCAGACCCUCAAAAUGCCGUCCAGUGCAAUAAGAUCUAUACAGAUACAGGAUCUGUGUCUAGCGCAGUAUUCAAAAUCCAAGGUUCCUUCUCCCAACAGACUAUCUAGACCAUGCCUAGCCUCUUAUCGAUCUAUGUGCAGCGCUAGCAGUGUUACGCAAAAAGUGACUCACGAUUCCUCGGUCCUGAAGAAGCGCUACGCUAGCCAACGGCUUGAGCAGACCGCAUACCCAGUGUCUGGAUUUCACUCACAAAGUGCUCUAGCUUCAUCACAGCUAGCGCGGGCCAUUGCUUCACGCCCUGGCACACCUGCAGAGACAUACGUUGCGUAUGGUCUGACUCAGAAGCUAUUCGAGGCCUGUUCUACCCAAGCAGAAUACACUAUACCGCAGUUGAAUAAAAAAGGAGGACAGGUUCCCAAGACUGAUGCCGGAGAGGAUCUUGGGGUUGGCGAAGGAUGGUGGUAUAAAGAAUUGGGGCUCUUACCCACAUUUUCCACAUGGUCACAAGUCACUUUCCUGCACAUGUACCUAUUGACUGCCCGACUACGUGCUCUGCCAUCACAUGAAAGCCUUCAAACUUAUUCACAACACUUGAUCGACCACUUCUCGCACAAUGCCGAGCAUCGCAUGGAUGUACUUCAUGGGUUGACCAGUCGUGCUAUCAGGAAUAAAUUUCUCAAGGACCUAUUCAUCCAGUGGCGUGGUGCAUUGGCAGCUUACGAUGAAGGCAUAAUCAAGGGGGAUGCUGUACUCGGCGCUGCUAUCUGGAGGAACUUGUGGAAGGCCGGUCACACCGCUCCUAACGGCAAUGAAAUGGAUUGGACCAAGGUUGCCCUUGUUGUCGCAUAUAUGCGACGGGUGCUGCAUGAUCUCUCUCUCGUGAAUGAGCCAGAUCUGGCACUUCAGUUAGGACGUGAAAAGGGAGGCCGGCCUGGUAUAUUCUCGUUCUCUCAGGCAGAUAAGAAGCUGGUUUACGGGAAAUGACUGGUUUGUUAGCCGUGCAUUCCAGAUUCCAACCCACUAUUUCUGGCAGGCUGUAGAUGUAUUCUAAUCAAUUAUUCUUCAUUAUCACUGGGUUGGUCUGGUCACUUGAAUUAUUGGCCAUGUCCCGCUCUGUCCGACGAUUUUCAGCGAACAAUUUUUGG